AAAUUUUACGGUUCUGGACGUCGUUACAUCGAACUCCUAAUUUUUUACCGUACUGGACACCUGAAUAGUUUUAAAUAAACUUUGAUGAAUGAUACCUGUGAAAGCAAUCAACAUUCCUUGACGGUAGCCAAAAAGUGACAGUUUUCAAAUAGCGAUCAUCCUUUACCGGCUAACAACAACCAAGUGUGCAAUUAAGAUAAGAUGUGACUUAUCUGAAUAAGCUGGAAUUCACGAAAUAUCGGCGGAACGUGGAAACUCAAGUGAGGUUAAAAAUGUCGUUGAGGGCUAUCAAAUACGAAAAUAAUUCCUUGGAAAUACUGGAUCAGUUGCUGUUGCCCGCUCAGUCCAAGUACAUACAGGUGAAGGGCGUCGAAGAUGGUUGGAAGGUCAUAAAUAAGAUGCAAGUCAGGGGGGCCCCGGCGAUCGCCAUCGUGGGCUGCCUCAGUUUGGCCGUGGAAAUCCGCAACGAAAAGUACGAGAGCAAGAAACAGAUGCGUCAGGAAAUCGAAGGAAAGCUGAACUACUUGGUUUCGUCCAGACCGACAGCUGUUAACAUGAAAAUUGCUGCCGAAGACCUGAUCGAUCUGGCUAAUGAGCUCAGCAAAGAUCCCAAUGUCAGUCUUGAUGACAUGAAAACAAAGUUCCUACAAACUAUAGAAGACAUGUUGGCGAAAGACAUUGCGGAUAAUAAAGCCAUUGGUGAUAACGGUGCCAAGGAAAUAUUAUCGAAUGUUUCAGGUGAUAGUCUAGUUAGAAUAUUGACCCAUUGCAACACUGGGUCUUUAGCAACUGCGAAUUAUGGCACUGCCUUGGGUGUUAUUCGAACUUUAUAUGACAUGAAGAGAUUGGAGCACGUCUAUUGUACCGAAACAAGGCCCUACAAUCAAGGAGCUCGUCUAACAGCUUAUGAACUUGUUCACGAUAAAAUUCCGGCUACGCUGAUUGUAGAUAGUAUGGUAGCAGCCCUAAUGAAGCAUAGGAACAUCACUGCUGUCGUGGUUGGAGCCGACAGGGUGGCUGCUAAUGGAGAUACUGCCAACAAGAUUGGGACAUAUCAGAUCGCCGUUCUUGCAAAAUAUCACGGAGUGCCUUUUUACGUAGCAGCACCGUUCACUUCGAUUGAUAUGAAAGUCCCCAGUGGGGAUCAUAUUGUUAUCGAGGAACGUCCUGAUAGAGAAAUGACCCAUGUCGGGGAGCACAGGAUUGCGGCCAAAGUAUUGUUUCGAUUUCAAAUUAGUUUUAUUCAAUUGACGGUUCAAAGUUUCUUAUAAUAUAGUUUGAAUUGUCUAAUUUUUUUCAAUUUCGAAUCAAAUUUAUUUAAAUGACAGCUCAAAGUGUCUUAUAAGAUAGAUUGAAUUGUCAAUUCUUGUCGUCAUUUUGAAUUAUUGAUUAUUGUUUCAAUUUCGAAUGGGAUUUAUUUAAUUGACAUUUCAAAGUGUUUUAUAAGGCAGUGGGAAUUGUCAAUUAUUGUUUCAAUUUCAAAUCAGAUGUAUUUAAUUGACAGUUUAAAGUGUCUUAUAAGAUAGAUUGAAUUGUCAAUUCUUGUCAGUUUGAUUGUUGUCAUUUUGAAUUGUUAAUUAUCGGUUCAAUUUCGAAUGAGAUUUAUUUAAUUGACAGUUAAAAUUGUUUUAUAAGAUACUUGGAAUUGUCAAUCAUUGUUAGUUUGAAUUGUCUAUAAUUUUAUCAAUUUCGAAUCAGGUUUAUUUAAUUGACAGCUCAAAGUGUUUUAUAAGAUAGUGGAAAUUAUCAAUUAUUGUUUCCAUUUCAAAUCAGAUUCAUUCAAUUGACAAUCUUAUAAGAUAGAUUGAAUUGUCAAUUCUUGUCAGUUCAAUUGUCAUUUUGAAUUGUCAAUUAUUGUUUCAAUUUAAAAUCAGAUUCAUUUAAUUGACAGCUUAAAGUGUCUCAUAAGAUAGAUUAAAUUGUCAAUUCUUGUCAGUUUCAUUGUUGUAAUUUUGAAUUGUCAAUUAUUGUUUUAAUUUCAAAUCCGAUUCACUUAAUUUACAGUUCAAAGUGUGUGAUAAGAUAGAUUGAAUUGUUAAUUAUUGUUUCAAUUUAGAUUGAGAUUUAUUUAAUUGACAGUUCAAAGUGUUUUAUAAGAUCGUUGGAAUUGUCAAUUAUUGUCAGUUUGAAUUGUCAAUUAUUGAGAUAUAUUAUCAGAUUUUUUUGAUAUAUACAUAAAGAACCCCGUAUACUAUUGAAUUUUUAGAAUCUCAUCUGCUUUCCAAUUUGACAU